CCUUCAGUGGAUCUCUCCUUUCUCCUCCCUCUAUCCGUCCAUCAUGGCUCCUGUGCUCCGGCUCUCCUGGUUCUGCUGCCUGCUGCUUCUGUUGGGUCUCCCCGCAGCUCGGAGCUCGUUCCCCCGGAGCGGUGGCGGCGGCAGCGCGGAAUGCGGCCCCGGAAAGACCGCGGAUUGUCCAGAUUUUUCAGACAAGAAGAGUGACCUGCGUGUCUGCGAUGCCGGAACGUGUCGUUUCGGAGGGACGUGCCGCGAGAACGGAGCCGACAUCAAGUGCGUCUGUCAGUUCCAUUGCAGUAAGAAGUACGUCCCUGUGUGUGGCUCCAAUGGAGACACGUACCAGAAUGAGUGCUUCCUCAGGAGAGCCGCCUGCAAAAAGCAAAGAGCCAUUAGCAUCGUGUCAGACGGAGCCUGUUACCACGAUGGAGCUUCUGGGUCUGGAGAUGGAGACGAUGAAGGCUCUGGUCGGGGGAAGAAGGCCUCCAAAUGUGGAAACUGCAAGUUUGGAGCUGAAUGCGACGAGGACUCCGAGGACUUACUCUGCAUGUGCAACAUAGUGUGCAACGGACACAACGACAACCCGGUGUGCGGCAGCGACGGCCUCACCUACGACACGCCGUGCCACGUCCGCGAGGCGUCCUGCCUCAAACAGCUCAAGAUCGACAUCAAACAUGUCGGACGGUGCCAAGAUAAAAGCAGGAAAGAUGACGGCCUGAAGGGAAAACCAGACAUCUAUGCUGUAUCCAAGCCUGACGAGCGCGAUGGUUUUCUGGACGGCGCUUUGCCCUGCCCUGAGGAUUACGCUCAGUUCUGUGAACACGGCCAGUGUGAGAUGAGACACAAUCUGCCCACAUGCAGGUGUGACGCAGCGUAUGGAGGCCCUCAGUGUGACCAGCUGUUGGAUUUUAACAUCCUGUAUGUGGUGCCCAGCGGCCAGAAGCUGCACUACGUCCUCAUCGCCGCCAUCAUCGGAGCAGUCCAGAUUGCUGUCAUCGUUGCCGUGGUGAUGUGCUUUACCAGGAGGUGCAACAAGUCAAAGCGCGGCCGCAGACAGAAGCAGCACCUGGGCCAUUUCUCAUCAGGGACGUCCUCCCGGAUGAUGUAGCCACUGUCCUUUUUUCCCUCAUCAUGUUUUUAUAUAAAAAUCCAACCCGUCCAAUUUUUCGUACCACACAGACAGACUGCAGUUUUAUAUAUCAACUUCCCGGUGCCUCGGUUAUUAUUUCCGUCCCUUUUUUUAAUGUAUAUGAGUUGAGAUUUUUUAAAGGGGCCUUAUUUGUAAGAUUUCCUUUCAUAUUUUCUUGUUUUUUUCUGCUGAUCUGAGUUAACCGUGUCUCUGUCCAGCUGCUUCACGCUCUGAACACUGUGGAUCCAACAGGAAGCAGAAAUGUAUUUAUCUGAUUGUAUCAUUACUGCAUAGUCAUCAUCAGGCUUCUUCUGUUUUGCCCUGUGGGACGCAUGCUGACGCUGUGUAACUGGGUUGCUUUGCCUUUACCUUCAGAAUCGUAUUUCUAACUGUUUUUAUGGCCUAAAAGAGGCAACAUAGUGAAGCUAAAUCUGAAAUAUGCUGGAUGAUGUGCUGGAAGCUUUUAUUGCUGGAUCAACGUCGCUGCCUCUGACGCUUCUUAAAUGUUGUGACUCUAUCAGCCGCUGUUUGCCUGUUUUUUUCCUGUGGCUAAAGUCUUUAAGGUGGAAACUGUUUCUUCAAACUUAUAUCAUCAUGUUCUUCUUAUCUUAAAUAGGAAAACUUUCAUCCCGUCAUGGAUCAGGUUAGUUAGCAAUGGCUAAACACAGAUUUUCUUUCACUUCUGUCUGACCAAUUAGGAUUGGUUGCUGAACCUCACCUGCUAAUCA